AGAGCAGUCUGGAGAGCAGUCGCGUUGUUCUCGAGGCCUUUACUUCCGUCAUUUCAUAAAUCACUGGAUAAACACAGCGGAGGCUCUAUUUUUUUUGCACGUAUCUGUGUGUUACAAGCCGUAGUAACCGCGACUCCACUGGAUCGAUAAGUCAGUGCUUUCCUGGAGCUGGGGAAACUUGUUUUACACCGAAGCCUGUCCGGAUCUCACCCCUGAAACAAGCAGACGUCAGACCUCGCCUCGCUCGUCGCUGCUGUUACAUUUUUAUCGCAACUUAACCCGCAUUGUUUGCGGGAUUACACUCGCUGCUACAUGCACUUAACGUUAUGUAGCCAAGUUGAUGGUGUGCUGGUGGUAGCUGUUAGACGUUUAUCGGCUUUUUAGUUUUAAACACCGUGCCUUGGCGGAAAGAAGAGGAUUUCGUUUUAUUUAAGAAAGACUGACGAUGAAUGAGCAGGAGAGUGGGGUGGUCUCCUUUGAUGAAUAUGUGCGGCAGAAGGCCCGCACUGUGCCUCAGCACAGGAUGAAGGAGUUCCUGGAGUCCCUCGCCAAGGGCCCAGAGGUGCUGCAGGAGUUCAGCCAGCAGGGAGGGGCGGCCACCACCACCACAGCCAUGGUUUACCAGCAGCAGGGUACCAACUGUAUCUACACAGACAGCACUGAGGUGGCUGGGUCUCUCCUGGAGCUGGCUUGUCCGGUACAGGUGACCUCAGCAGACAUUUCACCUCAUCUGUCUGUGCAUCAAGAGUCUGAACAGCAGCUUCAAGUGCAGGUUCAGAUUCAGGAGCAGCAGGGCCAAACGGUUGGCCAGAUUCUUCAGGUGGCCUCCCCCUCUCAGCAGGACCUGCAGGGAAUCUCAGCAGCCCAGCUUGUCCAGCAGGGAGAGCUCACAGAGGAGCAGCAGCAGCAGAUUCAGGCACAGUUGGUUGCAGCUGUAGCUGGAGGGCAACAAAUCCAGUUACAGGGAACACAGCAUAUUCAGUUGCCAGGGGGGCAGCAAAUUCAACUUCAGGCUGGCCAACAGAUUCAGCUACAAGGUGGCCAACAGAUUCAGCUACAGGGUGGCCAACAGAUUCAGCUACAGGGUGGCCAGCAAAUUCACCUACAGGGUGGCCAGCAAAUUCACCUACAGGGUGGCCAGCAAAUUCAACUACAGGGUGGCCAACAAAUUCACCUACAGGGUGGCCAGCAAAUUCAGCUACCAGGAGGGCAACAAAUUCAGCUACAAGGUGGCCAGCAGUUUCAGCUACCAGGUGGCCAACAGAUCCAGAUCCAGACCAUAGAGGCCAUGUCUCCUUCACAGCAACAGGACUCUCUCAGGGAGGCAGAGAGGAGGUCUUCUCCUGCCUCAACUGUUCUCCAACCUGCCAAGAAGCGAAAGGUGGAUGUCCCUCUAGCUGUGUCAUAUGCCAUUCCACAGGGCCAGCAGGUUGCCACAGUUGUAGCCAUCCCUCAAGGGCAGCAGCAAAGCUACGUGUCCCUACGACCAGAUUUGCUCACUGUCGACAGCGCUCAGCUGUACAGCACUACAGGAACAAUCACAGGUCCCACAGGUGAGACCUGGACCAUCCCAGUGUACUCCACUCCACAACAGCAGGGUGUAACUCACAUUGCCAUACCACAGGAGACAUACAGCACAGUGCAAGUUACCACCACCAAUGGUAAGGAUAAAAUGUCCCCCAGUUCCUCAUCAAGGUCUACAGAUGUGCAGUCUGCCUCCGCUGGGACGCAGGAAGAAAUAGUACAGAUGUUCCCAGCACAGUUCAUGAAUGGGAACAUUCACAUCCCUGUAGCAGUGCAGACAGUAGGAGGGACUUACAACACUACACAGUCGGUACACAUAUGGGACCCAAAUCAACAGCAGGGCCAAGGAGAAGAGGGACAAGAACAGCAGCUCCAUCUGCAGGGUCACAUAGAGACAGAGGCUCAUGCUGAGCCGCCUACAGAGAUUCUGGUUCCUGUCUGUCUAAAGCCAGAGGAAGGCCUGGAGGUGUGGCGCCUUUGGGCACAUCGGAAAAAUGCGGAGCUAAACAAGCAGGAAAGGACAAAGCUCGCACCUAUAGGACGUCGUCAGCCCCUGCGUUUUCAAGAAGACCUGGUGUCCAGCGCCGUAGCCGAGCUGAACUUGGGUCUCUCCCUGAUGACGCAGGAGGCCCGAGGAUCAGACGAGGAACAAUUUGCAUCCGAUGUUCUAUAUUAUGUUUUCUUGUGUAUACAAAAGUAUCUUUGCGAGAACGGACGUGUGGAUGAUAUUUUCUCGGAUCCGUAUUACACACGUUUUUGUGGGUCUUUACACAAAAUCCUGGAUGGCUGGAAACCCAGUAUCCACCCUUUAGGUUAUAUCAUCCCAAGUCAUGUGACAGAGGAGAUGCUGUGGGAGUGCAAACAGCUUGGCGCACAUUCACCAGCCACAUUGCUCACAACUCUAAUGUAUUUCAACACUAAGCAUUUCCACCUGCUGACAGCUGAGCAGCACAUGAAAGUAGCUUUCUCGAAGGUCCUAAGACACACGAGGAAGAAUCCCGCCAACGCCAAGGACAAAGCAACCAGUAUCCGCCUUCUGAAAGGACAAGGUCCACACAGCGCAGGACAGAAAGGAAACGAUGAAAUGUACGAAGAGCAGGCAGAGGAUCCCGAGAAUCCUCUUCGCUGCCCGAUCAAACUUUAUGACUUUUAUCUCUUCAAAUGCCCUCAAAGCGUUAAGGGACGUAACGACGCAUACUACAUGACUCCAGAACCCGUCGUUGCACCCAACAGCCCAAUGUGGUACUCGUCUCAACCCCUCACGAGUCAGCAAGUGGAGCACAUGCUGGCCCGCAUCAUCGUGGUCCGAGAGAUCCAGGAGAUCAUUUGCGCCAGUCAAGACAACAUGAGCUAAACUGAGAGGACUGCCUGCACUCAUGGGAACUAGUUCACUGGCUGUUGACUAUGCAGUAUCCAUCCUGACUGUAUAAACCUCAAUGACCAUCUCAAAACAACUUCUGAAACAAUCAUCUCUCUCCAAGGAGUGUGUUGGGACAUUUUUUUCUCUCUCUCUCUUCUUACAUUUUCUGUUUUUAUUUGAUGCAGUUGGCUGUUCUUUCUCUUGACUACCUUUUUGUAAGCCAUUGCCUCCGUAAGGCUUUACUGGCAAGUAAAGGAGGCUCUGUGAUUAACCUCCUGGGCUCUGAGCUCACCAGAGGUGGUAAAUGUUCCUGUAAAAGUCAGUCUUAUCAAUAUGAUAUGAGGAUAUUUAACCCUUCACUACUUAACCUCACAGACCUUUAACCACAUCUUAUUUCUCUUCAAAGUCCCACUAUGAUACGCGGCAUCUUACUGGACAAUUACAGGGACCACUUCCCACUAUUUUUUUGUUUUUGUAUACUGACUGCAUUUUGGAUCAUGUAUCAAUAUGUUCAAAGCUGAAGAACUCGUGCCUGUUUUUCAAAAAUGACGUCAUAAUUUAUGCUUGUGGAUCACUGAGUGAGCUGAACCUCAAAUAUUCACAAGGUCAAGUGCUAUAUUGUAGUCAUUCAGGAGAUUGGAAACAUUUUUCUCAGGUCAAAGCUAGUGAUUAAAACACCCAUCUAGGAUUUUUUGCCAACUUAUUCCUGUAUGUAUAGUAGGUUAUUAAACAGGAUAUUCAGAUGGAAA